AUGGUUCCGGCACUGCUCACCCGGAACGACCUCGAAGAAGUCCGGAGCUUCGAAAGUAAAAAUGAAACCCCCCACAAGACAUUGAGGGACCUGGAUACAGCUCUUCAGGAAGAAGUUCGCCAACGGCAUAUGAUGGAACGACUCCGGGAUGACGAACACCAACUACUCCGGAACAGCAAAGGGACUAUCCGGGAGCUCCGGGAGAUAUUGUCAAACGAGCAGUCACGAUAUGAGCAAGCCCUGUUCAACGAAAAACGUCGCCGGGAAGACCUGGAACAGUCGAUGCAAGGGUCAUUCAGGAAGGAGUGCGAACGAACGCCUACGGCAACCGACGAGAAGAAGCGCGAGCUCUUGUGGACGCUAACAGUGCUCUGCUCCGGGACGAGGAAGUUCGUCUACGACAAGAGAAGGCGGCUCAUGAAUCAAACAUUCAUCGGGCUUACGAGGAAUUGGAACGUCAAUGGACCCAAAUACAAGUGGAACGGAGUGUAUUGGACCUACAACAACAAGCCCAUCGAUUUAGAAACUUUUUCCCUGAAGCUCCCAGUGUGA